AUGAAACAAGUCUGUGGUAGUUCAAAACUGGAAUUGGCACAAUAUCACGAAGUGGCCGCCUUCGCUCAAUUUGGGUCAGACCUUGAUGCUGCGACUCAGGCAUUACUCAAUAGAGGUGCAAGGCUUACAGAAGUGCCCAAACAACCACAAUAUGAACCACUUCCAAUUGAAAAACAAAUUGUUGUGAUUUAUGUUGCUGCCAACGGCUUCUGUGAUCGAAUGCCACUAGACAGAAUUUCUCAAUAUGAAAAAGCCAUUCUAAGUACUAUUAAUCCAGAAUUACAAAAAUCCUUCUUAGAAAAAGGUGGCUUAACUAACGAAAGAAAGAUGGAACCAGAUGCUUCUUUAAAAGAAAGCACUUUGCCUUACCUGUGA